UACAGCUGGGAGGCUACGGGUCACAACUAAGAUGCAUUGGCAGAGCUGCUGGGAAGCUAACCUGCCUCCUGCCCACUCUGUGCCUGUCUCUAGCUAGUGAGAUCAAUCGCCUGAGUCCCCAAGUGAGUUUGACAAGGCGUAAGGAAGGCAAAGUAAGCACCAGUAGAGACAGCAUGUGGGAAACAAGAGGAAGAGCGUGUGGGCCCUGCGCUCUGGUUAGGUGGUGGCGGAUGCUUGUUCUGCCUUGUUACGUGUUUGCUGUAAAAAUAUUUCCCCUUUAAGGCUUGGCUGAAGUUAUUUAUACUUGCGGGGUGGUGACAGCAACAGAGAGCAGCAACAGGAGCACUGACUGCUCUUACCUGCUCAGCAAUGACAGGGGGUGGGUGAGGGUGGGAACCAGACCAGAGAGGAAACCAAGGAGAGAAUGAGAAGGAAGGAGACGUGAGAGAAGGAGCUAAAGGAGAAAAGGGAGGCAGGACACCAAUAAGCAAGAAGGAGUGAGAGAACUGGAGGAGGGAGGAGAGAAAAGGGCGGGAGUCUGAAGCGAAGUCAGAACAGAGAGAAAGGGGGAGAGAAAACAGCAAGUGGGGAGGGAGGAGAGGAGAGAGGGAAGUAACGAGAAGCGCAGUGGGGAAGAAGAGGCAGCGGGCUCUGGCUCCUCCGAUGACAAGUGCAGCUGGCUGGUGCUGAGUGGGGGAAGCCACUCGUGGGGGCGGUCAGUGCUGCGCUCUCUUCUCCACUCCCAAGAUGAUGAAGAGGCAGUUUAAUCGGAUGCGGCAGCAGCUCUCCUAUCCCGGCAUCACAGGACGAGCCCAAGAAACAGCCGAGUUCCUGACUGAAGACUUGCUGCAGAUUGAGCAGAGAAUCGAGCCCGCCAAACGGGCAGCACACAAUGUGUCCAAGAGGCUCCAGGCAUGCCUGCAGGGGCAGUGCGGUGCAGACAUGGAAAAACGAGUGAAGAAGCUGCCCUUGAUGGCUCUUUCCAUCACUAUGGCUGAGAGCUUCAAAGAACUGGACACCGAUUCCAGCCUCGGGAGAGCUCUAGAGAUGAGCUGCUUCAUACAAAGCAUGCUGGCCAAAGUCCUGUCUGAGUUUGAAAUCACCUUAGAGAGAGACGUCCUACAGCCUCUGAAUAAACUGAGUGAGGAGGAGCUGCCUGUCAUCCUGAAACACAAGAAGAAUCUUCAGAAGCUGAUCUCGGACUGGAACUCCAUCAAGGGCAGGCUGAACCAAGCUGUCAAGAACUCCAGUAACAGCGCUGGUGCUGGCCCCAGCCCUGGGGGGUCGUCCGCUGCCAUCAAACUGGAGAACCUGAAGGAAGAGGAAGAGGAGGUGAAGCGAAGGGUGGAGCAGUGUAAGGAUGAGUAUAUGGCUGACCUCUAUCACUUCUCCACCAAGGAGGACAGCUAUGCUAACUACUUCAUCAAACUGAUGGAAAUCCAAGCUCAGUACCAUCGGAAGUCUCUUGAAUCUCUGGACACAGUCUUGGCGGAGUUGAAGGAGACCCACAGCCAGGCAGAGCCCCCUUUCCCCGUGGAUACCCCAGUGUCAGGGUAUUAUGGGGUGCCAUUGGAGACGCACCUGAGGACUUUGGGUCGGGAGAUUGCCCUCCCCAUUGAAGCCUGUGUCAUGAUGCUGCUAGCGUCGGGCAUGAAGGAGGAGGGACUCUUCAGGUUGGCCGCGGGGGCCUCGGUGCUGAGGAAGCUGAAGUGCAGCUUGGCCAGCGGCUCCAAUGCACUAGAGGAAUUCUACUCUGACCCACACGCUGUUGCAGGUGCACUGAAAUCCUACCUGCGAGAGCUGCCCCAACCCUUGAUGACCUUUGAACUCUAUGAUGACUGGUUUAAAGUAGCCUGUUUCAAGGAUCCAGAGGGCCGUCUACAGAGCCUCCAAGACACCUGCAGCCAGCUCCCCCAAGACAACUACAACAACCUGAGGUAUUUGAUCAGGUUUUUAGCUAAGCUGGCUGAACAUCAGGAAGUGAAUAAAAUGACCCCUACCAACAUCGCCAUCGUCCUGGGCCCCAACCUGCUGUGGUCACAGCAGAGCAAAGGAGACCCAUUACAGCUAGACCUGGCCUCCGUGUCCUCCAUCCAGGUGGUGGGCAUUGUGGAGGCCCUGAUACAGAAUGCCGACACUCUCUUCCCUGGAGAGAUAGACUUCAAUGUUUCGGGCAUGUUCACUCCCCGCCCAGAGAUCAAACCCAGUGAAGCCCCUUCAGUGGAAGAGCCCUCACCUCAGCCCCUUCCUGCCAGCGCUCCCUCUCUAACACCUGGAGAAGAAGCCAGAAGAGACCCCAAGACGUCCUCUGGUCCAGUCUCCCCAAAGGCGACCAGAACUUCUCCUGUGGCUGUGGGCCCCUCGGCUGAUGACACCACACGCAAAAUGAAGCGAGCUGCCCCAGUCCGACCCAUGGUGCCCCCACCACAGGUGCAACCUCGAAUUCAAACGCCCACACCUCAAAACCCACCUGUGCCUGAGAGCACUGCCAUCCCCAAAGUCUUCCCUCGCCGAACGGUGAGUGGGUCUGUGCGAGCUCCCGCUGUCCCACCUCCACUUCCACCCCAGCCUGCCGGACGCCAGAGUCGAGGUGCUCCACUGUCCCCCAAGUUGCCUCCAGACACCAUGAGGGAUGAGGCCUCUGCAGCUGGCCAACCUCCUGCACAUAGUGACAGUACAGAAACCGCUGCAGACUGCACCCCAGAGGUAGAAGGGCCAGAGGAGCCAUCAUAUACAGGAGGGCCAAGCUCUUCAGCCAUACCCCAGCCAACGGUCCAGUCUCCAGAAAAUGACUGGGCUAUAGCAUUCAUCCGUCACGCUUCCCCCACCUCCCGCGGUGAUUGGAGGGCACUGGCCAGCCCCUUCCAGGUGGCCGGGCCGCGGGACUGCCCAUCAGGCCGAGUGCGCGCGCUGAUAGGCGGUGGCGCUCCGCUCAGCGGUGACGUCAUGCCCGCGGGAGAAAGCGGCAUGGCGGCCUGCAGGCGGCUGAGCGGGGCGAGCGCGCGGGAGGUGCUGGGCCCGGCGCGGGGGCUGCUGUUCGAUUGCGACGGGGUGCUGUGGGCCGGCGAGCGGGCGGUGCCCGGCGCGCCCGAGCUGCUGGAGCGGCUGAGCCGCAGCGGGAAGGCCACGUUCUUCGUCAGCAACAACAGCCGGCGGUCGAUCUCCGAGCUGGAGCAGCGCUUCAGCCGCCUGGGCUUCCGCGGCGUGCGGGCCGAGCAGGUCUUCAGCUCCGCGCUCUGCUCCGCGCUCCUCCUGCGCCAGCGGCUGCUGGGGCCCGGCCGGGUCUUCGUGCUGGGCGGGGAGGGGCUGCGCGGGGAGCUGCGGGAGGCCGGGCUGCGCCUGGCUGGGGAGGGCGACCCGGCCGGCGGGAAGGACGAGCCGCCGGUGCGCGCCGUGCUUGUGGGCUACGAUGAUCAGUUCACCUUCGCUAAGCUGUCCGAGGCCUGCGGCUACCUGCGCGACCCACAGUGCCUGCUGGUGGCCACCGACCCUGACCCCUGGCACCUGCUCAGCGACGGGCAGUGCACCCCGGGGACAGGGAGUCUCAUGGCUGCAGUGGAAACAGCCUCAGGGCGCAAGGCGGUGGUGGUGGGGAAGCCAAACACGUAUAUGUUCGACUGCAUUGUAGAGCGCUUUGGUGUGGACCCUUCCAGCACCCUCAUGGUGGGCGAUCGGCUGGAGACAGAUAUCCUGUUCGGCAAGAACUGUGGGCUUGCCACAGUCCUGACCCUGACUGGUGUGUCCCGCCUGGAGGAGGCACAGGCCUACAUGGCCAGCGAGAGCCCUGCAGCAAAGGACCUGGUGCCCAACUACUAUGUGGACAGCAUUGCAGACUUGAUAGCAGGCCUGGAUGAGUAGGGGAUGGGGUGGAGUGGGGGGGGGGGGUGCCAAUCCCAGUCCCAGUUCAGAUUUCCACCCAUUCCCAUUCUUCUCUCCCUUCUUUCUCAAUUCUUGGCUCUACCCAGUCCAGUAUUUAUGCAUUUAUUUUGCAGGGGGGGCAGGGUGUGAGUAGUUGUCUUUCCUCCUUUAUCCUGCCAAGAACAAAACUUGCCUGAUAGAACCCUUCCCCUCCAGUUAAACCUGCUACCACUGACUCAAAAGGAGAACUGGAAGCCUUGUGUUAAAAGCAGGGCGGGGGCAUGUGCAAGCCAAACCGGUGUCUGGUUGCUCCCCAGUGGGGUGAGGGCAGGCUGUCUUAUUUUUCUUUUGUAUAUAACCAGUGGCGGCCUUUUAUUGCUAUGCCCUCCACUCUCUGUGGAAGAAAGUGUAGGGAAAAGGCUCUUCUGGCCAGACCAGUGAAGUGUAUCAGUACUGAACUGUGUAGCUUUUGCCUGUGUCUGAUGGGUUGUGAUCCCACUACUACAGUGGGAAAGGGAUCUGUGUCCAUACCUCACUGCUGUUGUGUGGCUGUGCACGAGAUAGUGUUGGUAUUGUCAGUACUGUGAACAUGCCACAGCCCCGGAAAUCAUUCCUUGCUGCUUUGUCUUUUUACAAUUUUAUUUAUGAAUUAACUUAUUUAUGGAAGUGUUUGUAUAAAUUAUUGCUGAUUGGCUGUGCUGGGGGUGGGGACGGUGCCUUUGGGCCCCACUCACUGCUUCUGUCCCAUAGUGUUGUGAUUCUUCGACAGUCGCCAUUUUUCAGUAUAUAAUAAAGUGCGAGUGUGAGCUGGAA